AAGCACGACAAUAGACUCACCUCCCUAACCCCAAAACGACAACACGUGUGACAAUAGAAACGGGCCGGCAGCGAACGACAGCGUCGUGCCUUUCCCGAAGCGGUGGUGGCCUCCAAAAUCCAAAGUUUCCAAAAUUCCAAACGAACCCCUUCUUUUCAAAUUUCGGUCCCGUUUCGAAAUUUCGUACUAAUACAAGGAUCUCCAAGAAAAGGAAAAAAAUCAAAAAGAAAAACACAACACAUCCAGGAUCAGAGAGAAGGAGGAACCGAAACUCAGAACACAGAAGAAGAAGAACAUAGAGAGAGAGAGAGAGAGACAGAGAGAGACGGAGAGAGACAGAGGGUGAUGACGAUGGACAGAGAGAAGGAGAGAGAGAUAGAGCUAGAGAGUGCAAUGUACACGAAUUGCUUGUUAUUAGGUUUGGAUCCGGCGAUUAUCGGAGUCGGAGCAUCCAAUGCAACUCCUCGGGUCGGACUCUUCCGUCAUUCGAACCCUAAAUUAGGGGAACAGCUUCUCUAUUUCAUCCUCUCUUCCCUCAGAGGACCAAUUCAAUCUGCUAAGGAUUUCGAUAAGGUUUGGCCAAUUUUCGAUUCCGCGCAAUCGCGUGAUUUUCGUAAGGUUGUGCAAGGGAUUAUUAGCGAGCUUGAGUCGCAGGGCGCGCUUCCCAGGAGCAAUUCCAGAGUUUCUUCACUUGCUACGUGCUGUGGACCUAGGUUUGUUGAGCUUCUAUGGCAACUUUCACUGCAUGCUUUACGAGAGGUUCAUCGACGGACAUUUACUGCUGACAUAUCUUCUAACCCAUUGCCUGCGCCAUUGACUGAUGUAGCAUUCUCACAUGCCGCUACUCUACUUCCUGUUACAAAGGCAAGAAUAGCCCUUGAAAGAAGAAAAUUUCUGAAAAAUGCAGAAAUGGCUGUACAACGGCAAGCUAUGUGGUCGAAUUUGGCUCAUGAAAUGACUGCUGAAUUUCGUGGCUUAUGCGCUGAAGAGGCUUAUUUGCAACAAGAGCUGGAAAAACUCCAUGACUUGAGGAAUAAAGUGAAGCUGGAAGGAGAGCUCUGGGAUGAUCUCGUAUCCAGUUCAAGUCAGAAUUCCCAUUUAGUAUCAAAGGCUACACGCCUUUGGGAGUCUUUAUUAGCUCGUAAAAGUCAACAUGAAGUUCUUGCAUCUGGCCCUAUUGAGGACUUGAUAGCUCAUCGAGAGCAUAGGUAUCGAAUCUCUGGAUCAUCUUUGCUUGCGGCAAUGGACCAGAGUUCUCAGGCUCCUUAUUCAGAUAUAUUAUCUGGUCAGCCUGGGGAUUUGCCUUCAAUGCAAGUGGAUAGCACAGAAGAGAAUGAUGGCUCACAUUUUAGCAAUGAGACAUUGACUAGAGUGGAUGACAGAACUGGGAGAGUCCACCAAACUGUUGACGUAGCAGAGGUUAUACGGCGAUGGACCCAUGCCUUGCAACGUAUCCACAAACAAUCACUUCAUCUGGCAAAAGCUAAUGAUGGAGAAGGUCCAGAUAUAUUGCGCAGUGCACAGGAAGGGGGUUCUAGUGGUCAUGCCGAGUCAUUAGCAGCAACCCUUGCUGAGCAUCAGCAACAUUUGGCUAGCUUCCAGGUACUAAUUAACCAACUCAAGGACGUUGCUCCAACCAUACAGAAGUCCAUAUCUGAGUGUACAGAAAAGGUUAACUGCAUAGCCUCCAAUCUACCUCCAAUGAAUAGACAUCAUGGUCGGUCAACGUCACCUAUCCAAACACAGAGUAGUGGGAGGAUGGACAAUAACAUUGAUGAUGUUAAUGAGGUGACUUCAAGAAUAUCUAAUAUUCAGCUUGACAAAGUUUCCAUUAGUCCUCCAACUUUAAAGCUUCCUCAAUUAUUUAGCUUGACCCCAUCUUCUGGAAAAGCUGGAAAUGUGCAACGGCGGCAUGGUAAUGCACCUCAAACCAGCCAAACAGAGAACCUCCCAGAUAGGAAGUCUUUGGAUCCUCCUUCAAAUAAUGAAGUAGCAAGCUCAGCAGAAGAUAGUGACAGUUCCUAUGUCCAGAAUUUGAAGAGGUCAGUAAGAGAAGCAGCACUGUCAUUACGGUCGUGCAAUUCAGAGUCAUCACGGGAUAGUCAAUCUGAUGGAAGUUCGGAGCACUUCUUUGCCCCUCUUUCAGAAACUGGCUUUUCUCAUUUAGAUGCAGAAAAAAGGGCAGCUUCAUUGAGGAGCAAAAGAUUAUUUGUAUCCCAAAUGGAUGAUUCCUUGCUCGAGAGUCAUGCUUCUGGUGGGCAUGGGGAGAGCAAGUUUGAUGAAUUUCCAGAUAUGUUGAAUGAUUUGGAAAGGCUUUCUGAUUAUGACAAUGUAAAUGGGUUUCUCUCUUAUACUGGUUCUAAUGCAACAUCUGAUGCACAGCGGUCAAUUUUUGACUUUGAGGACGCACAGGAUCAAGUCUUCUCACCACCUCUGUUAAUGGACUCAUCACUUUUGACAGAUCCAUUUGAAGACUUGCUGGCUCCCCUCUCAGAGACUGAAACAGCCAUGAUAGAUCAUUGAAAUUUUUCUGGGCAACCUCCAAAACUUCAUUGAAGAAACGGCAUUAUCAAUGUGGUGGAUUGCUAUUCUUUUGUGGGGAUACUUACUCCCUUCACCUUUUAUAACACGAAACUUGUAUGAUUUAUGUUGUUCUUGUUUGAUAUAUUUUCACCAUUCUAUUUACUCUGCUAAUGCCCUACUACCGGGAGGGAACCAUGAAUGGCCUGUGUUCUUCGUUGUUGAAUGAUGAUUUACUUUGGAAUGAAGAUGCUAAAAUCCAAAAUGCAAGCUGGAUUGGAGGGUGAGGUUGUCUUCAACCAACACUUGAAUUUACCUUCACAUUUUCAUCCACUUGGGUAGACUGACAUCCCAAUGGGCCUGUUAAAAAAAUUUGGUGGAUAUAACAAAUGCGGUUCUGGGUUUUCUGCCGCAACUCUGCAUCCCUCUGGCAUUCGUUUUUAGUCAAUCGUGAUCUAUCUUUGGAUUGCAAUUAAUUUAUGUAUUUUUACAGUUGUGUAUCAUGAUUUAGGUCUUGUAUCUUGGCAAUAUCAGGAAUGAAAACCCAGUUAUUUUAAUUUCAGUGACAUACAGUGUACUUUUGUUUUGCUUUCUUUUCCUUUAAAUAUGGUUUUGUGAUUUGCUAUACUUUGUGCACAUGCCGUAUUAGUGGAAUAUGAUUCUUUGAUUUAAUUUUACUUCAUCAUUUGUUUGUUUAG